AUGCAAAUUUCUAAAAAAGCGCAUUCAUCUCUGAAUCUUGCGAAAAAUGACUUAUUAGAGACUCCAGACAAAAAACCUACAACUCAUCAUGUUAAUAAAUCGAACAAACAAGAUGAGAGUGCAAUAAAAUAGCCGAUGGAAGUAGACGUGUUGACUUACAACCAUCCUCCUAAUCCCUCAAAAUUAAUUCCUGUUUCAAAUAUUUUUGGAGCAUAUAAAAGAGUUAAGAAUGUAAUAACUAGAACUCCAACUCAAAAAUCAAUGAAGUUAUCGGAAUACUUUGGAGCAAAUGUAUAUAUAAAACGAGUAAAUAAAUGUAUAUUUUUAGGAAGAUUUGCAAAUUGUUAGAAGUUAUAAGUUAAGAGGAGCCUACAAUAAGAUAAUAUCUAUUCCAGAGAGUGAGAGACACCGCACAGUAUUUUGUUCUAGUGCCGGAAAUCAUGCUUAGGGUGUUGCCUACGUUUGUAAUCUAUUGAAAAUCAAUUGUAUCAUUUACAUGCCUACAAAUACACCGAGCAUUAAGUUUAAUGCUGUUAAGUACUCUAGUAUUCAUAUCAAGAACAUGGGGCAAACAAUAUGUCUAGAUUGAGUUGGUUGGAGAUACAUUUGACGAGAGUUUUAGAGCAAGCAAGGAAAGAUGUAAUACUGAAAACGGAAUUUAUGUGCAUGCUUUUGAUGAUGAGAAGAUUAUAGAGGGUCAAGGGACCAUAGCAGUUGAGAUACUUGAGGAUAUUCCUGAGAGUAAAAUUGACUUUUUGUUCUUUCCUGUUGGAGGUGGAGGAUGUGGAGCCGGGAUUUCAUCUUAUUUCAAACAAGUCAAUCCUGAUACAAUCUUGAUAGGUGUUGAACCAGAAGGGUAUAAUAUGAAAGUGAUUAUUUAGUUCACCUUCAAUGUAUGAGGCAAUUAAAUAAUAACAAGUAGUUGAAUUAGACACAAUCAAUACAUUUGUAGAUGGUGCAGCGAUUAAAAAAUCAGGUGCGAAACCAUUUGAAAUUUUGAACUCAGUCUUAAAAGAUAUUAUCUUAAUUCCAGAAGGACAUGUCUGUACAACUAUGAUGAAGUUAUUCAAUGAGGAAGGAAUUCUCGUUGAACCUGCUGGGGCUUUAGCAAUAUCUGCCUUGGAUAGAUUCAAGGAUGAGAUUAGAGGAAAAACUGUGGUUUGUUUGAUUUCUGGAAGUAAUAACGAUUUAGGUAGAAUGACUGAUAUUAGAAUGCUUUCUGAAAUUCAAUAGGGAUUAUAAUAUUACAUGUUUGUGAAUUUCUUUUAAAAGCCUGGAGCAUUAAAGCAGUUUAUUAUAUAAUGUUUGGGUACUCUUAUUAAAAUAAUAAUUUAUAGGACCAACAGAUGAAAUCACCAAUUUAGAAUACACAAGAAAAAAUAAUAGAGAGAAGGGACCUGCAUUAGUUGGAGUCAAAGUAAAGAAGCCUUAAGAUUUUGAAGCAAUUAAAAAUAAAAUGGAAGAAUUAAAAAUUACACUUAGAAUUUUAUAACCAAAUCAAGAGAUUUUUAAAAUGUUAUUGUGA